CCAAACUCUCGACUUUGGCCAGUCUCUGUGUCCUCCAACCAUGGAUACAGCGGUUUAGGGGGGCCGCACAUGCAUAGAGCCAGAGGGGCACCAUCAAAAGACAACAACACGUCAAGAGGAAGAAAUCAUUGGUAUCAACUUGAAGGGGGGGCUACGGUGGUCUGAUCUGUCUCUUGAGGGGAAAACCUGUCAUCUGUUCAGAAAAAGGAAUACUUCUUGUCUUCAGUGUUUAUUAAUCAACAUUUUUGACUUUUUUUCAAAGUUUUCCUGCAUCAUAUUGGAUUAUAUUUAUCUCUUUUUGGGACAAUUUCAACACCAAAGUGAAAGCUUUUGGAUUAUCCUCUGAGGUCGCCUCUGCCCUCUAUCAUCUAAAGGAUCUACCUACUUAUCCCCUCCACCUGGAACAACUUAGAUGAGCUCAACCUGCUAAUAACCAAGCAAACAAGAGCCACAAGGCCUGAAUUGAUCACAAUAUUCUUGCAGCGCAAACUAUUCAGGACCACCCUCUGUUAAUGUCACUCGGGGUUGUUUAUUUUACAAGAAGCUGUCAACCUUGGAUGAACUCGUUGUUUUUGAACUGAAUUCACUCUACUCCCUCCUGUUGGUCUAAUUUCCCACUCAGCUGCGUCUGUGUUUUUUCUGUUUGGAUUGGUUGGUGCUUGACUGUGAGCCAUGGUGCUGUUGAAGAUGAAGUUCACCCAGCAGAGGCGGGUGCGCCUGGCUCAGGGCCUAUGGUUGCUCUCCUGGCUGGCAGUGAUGUGUGGGGCCUUCAUCUUUUGUCUGGGGGUUUACAUUAAGAUUGAGCUGCUCCGUAGGGCCGAGGUGAUGGACAACACAGAGAUUCAUGUGGUGCCCAACAUCCUGAUGAUGGUGGGUCUGGCCUCCAUCGGCACUAACUGGGUCGCCACCCGUGUGUGUCAAGACUCCCUGGACGCUAGUCGAUUCCCCCGCUGGAAAGUGCUCCUGCUGGGCUGGUUUGCUGUAGCUGCACUGCUCUGUUGUCUGCUUAUAGCUGUUGUGGUGCUCAGCUAUGCCCUGCAGGGACGCUUGGAGGAAUCCCUGAAGGUCGGCCUGAGAAAUGGUAUUCGCUUCUACAAGGACACAGAUGUACCCGGACGCUGUUUUCAGAAAGAAACCAUUGAUCGUCUGCAGAUGGAGUUUCGCUGCUGCGGAAAUACCAACUUCAAGGAUUGGUUUGAAGUUCAGUGGGUCAGCAAUAGAUACCUGGACUUCACCUCCAAGGAUGUCAAAGAUCGUAUUCGGAGUAACGUGGAUGGCCGCUACCUGUUGGAUGGUGUUCCUUUCAGCUGCUGUAACCCUGCCUCCCCACGCCCCUGCCUGCAGCGCCACCUGACCGAUAACAGCGCCCACUACAACUAUGAGUACCACUCAGAGGAACUCAACCUGUACAGCCGUGGCUGCAGGCAGGCUCUGAUUGACUAUUACAUGGGCAUCAUGAAUUCAACUGGCCCCGGUGUGCUGUCAGUUGUCCUGAUACAGGUAUCAGUGCUUGUGAGUCUGCGGUACCUGCAAACAGCAGUAGAAGCAGCCAUGGCUUCGGAGAAUCCAGAAGAUGACACUGAUGGUUAUCUCCUGGAGAAGGGUGUGAAGGAAACCAUUGAGGACCUCAAAACCAAUGUCCUCAACUUGCUAAAGCUUGCACAAGUUGACGCCACCCCUGCUGAAGAAGCCCCUGAGGCAGAAGCUGAGAAGGCUGAUAACACCACCGAGAAGGCUGCCACCCCUACCCCUGCCAGUUAGAGGGGAAAUAAAUGAAUACAUAUAAGUAAAGGAAGAAGGGAUGCUGGGGGGAUGUGUCUGAGGUUUCUUGGUUGUGUGAGUUGGCUGGUGGUGGGAUAGAACACCUGUUGGGUUUGACAUGUUAGGCUUGAUUUACGCUCCACCAAUGCAGCAGCCACAGCUCCCUUGCACAUGGCCAAAACAAGGCAACACAUAGGGAAUCUUAUCAAGCCCUGCACAGACACCAAAACAAACAUCUCCUCUGUGCAGGUCCUCAUGAAUGUGUAAACAUCUGUUGAGGAGAUGUGUAGUGUGUUUUGUUGUAACUAGAGGAGAGUACAUUCGGCCUAAAUGGGUGUAGAGUACACACUGAGACACAUUUUCAACACUUUUUGACACUUUGACUCAAAAUUGGCAAAGUCACAAUGGCAUGUUGCAAAAAUUGGUCCUCUUCAACACUGUAUUAUUCAUUUCACAGCUGUAGAGUUUGUACUAAACUGCAAUGAAAUGCUUAGGAACCUGUCGAAAUGGCAACGCACAUGAAUUAUAAAUUAAAGGUAGAAGUUUUUAACUGC